ACCUCCCUUCCAUCUCACCAACCGAACCAAGUGGUCGAGAAAAUUCACCAAAGAAAAAAAAAAAACCUUAAAAAAAAGAAAUGGGGAGCGAGAAGGGGGUGGUGCUUCUGGACUUCUGGGUGAGCCCAUUCGGCCAGCGGGUCAGGAUCGCGCUCGCCGAGAAAGGGGUCGAGUACGAGUACAGCGAGCAGAGCCUCGCCGAGAAGAGCCCGCUGCUGCUCAAAUCCAACCCCGUCCACAAAAAGAUCCCCGUUCUGAUCCACGACGGCAAGCCCAUAUGCGAGUCCCUCGUGAUCGUCCAGUACAUCGACGAGGUCUGGGCCGACAAAAAAGCCCCGAUCUUGCCCAAGGAUCCCUACGCUAGGGCCCAGGCCAGGUUCUGGGCUGAUUUUAUCGACAAGAAGAUAUACGAAUGCGGCACGAGGCUGUGGAAACUCAAGGGGGAAGCUCAGGAGGAAGCGAAGAAGGAAUUCAUCGACAUCUUGAAACUCCUGGAGUCCGAGCUCGGCGACAAGAACUUCUUCGGCGGCGACUCGUUCGGUUUCGUCGACAUCGCCCUCGUGCCCUUCACCGCCUGGUUCUACUCCUACGAGACCUGCGCGAACUUCAGCGUCGAGAAGGAAGCCCCGAAGCUGGUCGCUUGGGGGAAGAGGUGCACGGAGAGGGAGAGCGUCGCGAAGUCUCUUCAUGAUCCUCGGAAGGUUUAUGAGUUUGUGUGCUUUCUCAAGAAGAGGUUUGGUAUUGAGUAAAAGGGUUCGGAGUGAAGGCUAUUAUGAGCAGUCAGUCUUGUAGUUCGAGUGCGAGGGGAACUUUGCUUUAGCCUUGUGGUCUCAUUUAAUUUCUGGUCUGCUUCCAUGGGUUGAGCUGUGUGAUUGCGUGAUCAUGUAUCUUUGAUUUGUGUGUUCAAACUGCGUUGAUCAGUGUAGUCACUUAUUAUAGUACGUAAUAAUAAUCCAUUUGCUUUCUACU